UGUAAUUUUUGGAAUUGUAACCUGGCUGAAAACCCUACGCGGCCCUCUAUAUAUACAAGUCCAAAACCCUAAUCGCUCUCUCAGUCUCGUUUCAGCAGCAGCCGAAAUGUCGAAGCGAGGGCGUGGAGGAUCCGCUGGUAACAAGUUUAGGAUGUCACUGGGUCUUCCAGUGGCAGCCACAGUGAACUGUGCCGAUAACACCGGUGCUAAGAACCUUUACAUCAUAUCCGUCAAGGGUAUCAAGGGUCGUCUGAACAGAUUGCCAUCUGCUUGUGUUGGUGACAUGGUUAUGGCCACUGUCAAGAAGGGGAAGCCUGACCUCAGGAAGAAGGUCCUGCCUGCAGUCAUUGUGAGGCAGCGCAAGCCAUGGCGCCGAAAGGAUGGCGUCUUCAUGUACUUUGAAGAUAAUGCUGGUGUUAUUGUCAAUCCAAAGGGUGAAAUGAAAGGUUCUGCCAUUACUGGUCCAAUCGGGAAGGAGUGUGCUGAUCUUUGGCCAAGGAUUGCAAGUGCUGCUAACGCCAUCGUCUGAGUGUUACUUUCUUUGAGCUCUAUGCAUAGGACUGAACUUAUGUGUUAUCCGUGUUUUUGAUAUUAGAAGCAGGUCGCUCCUGGAAUUUGACUAAAUUUUUGUUUCUUGUUAUUGUGGUGUUGUGCAAACUGCAGCGGAUUUUGUUUGGAUCUAGAUAUUACUAUCAUGUUUUAUUUUCAGAAUUUAGAAA